AUGAAUGUAUUGAAAGUACCCCAAAACUUUUCUCUGAUGCUUUCAGAGUCAUCAUACUAUGGAACCAAUAAUUUCACAUUGAGUCGGAAGCCGGACUUGAUUCCUGGUAUCCCUGAUGGAAUCACUGCAUUGAUGGCUCCAAUAAUUGCCUACUGGUCUUAUUCCAUGUUUUUCCAUAUUAUUGAUGUGUAUGAAUUGGCUGAAAAGUAUAAAAUCCACCCCAGUGAAGAAGAAAUGAAAAGAAACAAGGUGACAAUGCAUGAAGUGAUCAAAGAUGUCAUUUUUCAGCACAUCAUCCAAACUGCAGUUGGGCUUGUUGUCUUUUACUUUGACCCCACUCCUAUGACCGGUUACGAAUAUUACACCAUGUGGCAAAUCAAACAUUAUUAUUUACCCCGUUUUGUGCCUGACCUGGUAGUUUACUAUGGGUACAUGUAUGGAUGGUCGCUUCUUAGGUUGUGUAUUGCCAUUACGAUCAUUGACACUUGGCAAUUUUGGCUUCAUCGUCUUAUGCAUGUGAACAAGACUUUGUACAGGCGAUUCCAUUCACGUCAUCAUAGAUUGUAUGUGCCAUAUGCAUUUGGUGCUUUGUACAAUGAUCCACUUGAAGGGUUCUUGUUGGAUACUUUGGGAACUGGAGUUGCAUCAAUCACUACAGGAUUGAGUCCAAGAGAAUGCAUUAUACUAUACACUUUUGCCACUUUGAAAACCGUUGAUGAUCAUUGCGGUUACAAGUUACCUUGGGACAUAUUCCAAAUUGUAUUUCCAAAUAAUUCAGUUUACCACGACAUUCAUCACCAAAUUUGGGGUAUCAAAAACAACUUUUCCCAACCAUUUUUCACCUUUUGGGAUUAUUUCAAUAAAACUCAAUACGAGUUUGUGGAAGAGUACAAGGAGUUGCAGAACCACAUAACAUUGGAAAAGUACAAAGAGUUUUUAGCUAGAAAGUCGAGAAAGGGCCCAAAGAGCAAACAAGAGAAGAAGAAUCUCGAAGAGGAGGUUGAGGUUGAGGUUGAGAAGGAGACAGAAACCAAAAAGACCAUUUAG